AUAUAUUAAGGAUAUUGUGCAAUAUUUUUCACCGCCCAAAAAUGUGGUUGCACGCUCAAUUGGUUGAAAUAAUUUGCACAAUUCUUCUAAUAAUUUCCAUUCCCAAUCUUUUAGAUAUCUUUUUCUUAACUUUUUCCAAUCUUUUAUUGCGCUACUAUUUGAAUCUAAUCUUAAAGUUACUAGCGUCCUUUUUAUUGCUUCUUUUAAUUCUAAUAAUCUUUUCCAAGAUGCUAAAGUAGAUCCCCACCUUGUUUUACAAUCAGCAAUAGUACAAAGGAUUUGCAGAGAACCACCUGGAAUAUUAAUUGGUUCAUUGGAAUCUUGUAAUUCCCUAUCAGAUGAUGUCAAAGUUUGUCUUGU